AGUCAUUGUCAAAUUGUGGAGACCCAGUUCGAAAAUGAGUGCAGUAGUGGGAACCGAAAUCUUGGCUGCACCCGCCUCUUUUGUCCCUAAUCUUUUUGUUACCGUUUUAUUUGGGACAGUAACCUUACUGGCAAUCUACCAUUUUUGGUUCCAAUCCCUCCAUUAUGUUAAACUUUCUAAAAAUAUUCCUGGACCAACUCCAUUACCUUUCGUGGGUAAUGCUUUAAUGGCAAUUGGAGUAUCUCCUAUAGAAAUAAUGCAAAAAGUCUUAGACAUUCAUAAAGAACUUAAAAGUGAUGUUGCAAAAAUUUAUAUUGGUCCCAAGUUGUACAUAGGAUUAACAGACCCUAGAGAUGUUGAAUUGAUUUUGGGAAGUCAUGUACAUUUAGAAAAAUCGUGGGAGUACAAACUUUUCGAGCCCUGGCUAGGCGAAGGGCUUUUAAUUAGUAAAGGUGAUAAAUGGAGAACCCACAGGAAAAUGAUUGCUCCAACUUUUCACUCGUCUAUUUUGAAGUCUUUUAUGCCCGUUUUUAAUAAAAACGCUCUAAGUCUUUUGAAUCAGCUUGAAAAAGUUAAAGGGCAAAUAUUCGAUGUACACGAUUAUAUGAGCGGCACUACUGUAGAUAUUUUAUUGGAAACUGCAAUGGGAGUUAAGAAAACCGAAGAAGACAAUACUGGAUUCGAAUAUGCCAAAGCUGUAAUGGAUAUGUGCAAUAUACUACAUUUAAGACACUACAAAGUGUGGUUGAGGCCGGCGUUUAUUUUCAAAUGGACAAAAAUGGCCAGUGAACAAAUCAAAUUUUUGGAAAUAAUUCAUUCGUUAACAAGAAAAGUAAUUAAACGUAAGAAAGAAGAUUACUUUGUGAGAGUUUCGGCAGGAGAGGCAAGCUUGUACAAGGAGGCAGUGAAAGCUGAAGAGGCAAAUAAUAAGGUGAACGAAAAAACUGAAAACUAUAAAUAUAUUCGUGACGAUUUAGAAGAUAUCGAGGAGAAUGAUAUUGGAGAGAAAAAACGUUUAGCGUUCCUAGAUUUCAUGAUCGAAGCCAGUCAAACAAAAGGAAAUAAAUUAACUGAUGAGGAAAUCAAAGAGGAAGUUGAUACGAUUAUGUUCGAGGGUCACGAUACCACAGCGGCCGGAUCCAGUUUCGUCCUGUCCCUGCUGGGAAUUUACGAGCACAUCCAGAAUAAAUGCAUUGCCGAAUUACAAGAGAUUUUCCAUGACGACUGGCAUCGUCCCAUUACCUUUUCCGAUACGUUACAAAUGAAAUAUUUGGAAAGGGUCAUUAUGGAAACUUUAAGGUUGUACCCACCAGUGCCCGUUAUUAGUAGACAAAUUAAUGAAGAUAUAAAAUUGGUUUCAGCUAAUUACACUGUUCCUGCUAAAGCUACAGUAUUGAUUUCUCAAUAUUUAACUCACAGGCACCCUAAAUACUGGAAAAAUCCUACCGUUUUUGAUCCAGACAAUUUCCUUCCAGAAAACUGCCAAGAAAGACAUUAUUACGCCUAUUUUCCGUUUAGUGCUGGACCCAGAAGUUGCGUAGGUCGCAAAUAUGCUAUGCUUAAGCUGAAAGUAAUUUUGGCCAGUAUUUUGAGGAGAUAUAUAAUUAUUUCAACUAAAAAGGAGGAAGAUUUCAGGCUACAAGGAGAUAUCAUUUUGAAGCGAGCUGAUGGAUUUUGUGUGAGGAUGGAGGAGAGAGUACUUAGUUGAAUUAAUUUUGUAAUAAAUGUAACUAUGUCAUAAUCUUUUUCUGGAAAAAUUUCAACCAUUUGUCUCUGAUUAAACGCUGAAACUUUGUAAACAAAAUUAGCG